AUUAAGAUUAUUCAUUUAUUUAUACAAAGUAAAUAAUACUGCAUAUGUACAUAUAAAAUGUCAGAUCUACCGAGUGAUCUUAACCAGUUAUUCAAAUUUGUUGAUGAAAAUAAACUGAAAUAUAUUGAUGCUUUAAAAGUAGCCGUAGCCAUACAAUCAGUUUCUGUAUGGCCUGAAAAACGUGGAGAAAUUGAUCGUAUGGUACGAUGGACCGAAGAUAAAUUGAAUAAUUUGGGUGCCGAAACCAUAUUGGCUGAUAUCGGUUUAGAAACACUGCCAAGUGGAGAAGAAAUUCCUUUACCCAAAGUCUUAUUGGGUACACUAGGAAAGGAUCCUAAAAAGAAGACUGUUUUAGUGUAUGGUCACUUGGAUGUUCAACCCGCCCUUAAGGAAGAUGGCUGGGACACAGAACCCUUCGAGUUAACCGAAAUAGACGGGAAACUUUAUGGUCGUGGGUCUACUGACGACAAAGGUCCCAUUCUUUGUUGGAUUCAUGCCAUUGAAGCCUUCCAAAGGUUGAAUAUUGACUUACCAGUCAAUGUUAAAUUUGUUCUGGAGGGUAUGGAGGAAAGCGACAGUGAAGGUUUAGAAGACCUCCUCAUGAGUCUGAAAAAUGAUUUCUUAGAAAAUGUGGAUUACGUUUGCAUUUCGGACAAUUAUUGGUUGGGCAAAGCAAAACCCUGUCUAACGUAUGGUCUACGUGGUUUGGUCUACUAUACCAUUGAAAUUGAAUGUGCCCAAAAGGAUUUACAUAGUGGUGUAUUCGGUGGUACCGUACACGAAGCCAUGCCGGAUUUAUGCUGGUUGCUGAGCACUUUGGUGGAUAAAGAUACUAAUAUUCUAAUACCGGGUAUUGAAAGAGAUAUUGCCCCAUUGUUACACAAUGAAAUGGAAAUUUACGAUAACAUUGAUUUUGAUGUUAAAGAUUACAAGAGUGAUGUCGGUGCCACUACUCUACCCCACAAGGAGGACAAAACACAACUGUUGAUGCACAGAUGGCGUUAUGCCUCUUUAUCGAUUCACGGCAUUGAAGGUGCUUUCUCGGAAGCCGGUGCUAAGACUGUUAUACCCGCCAAGGUUAUUGGUAAAUUCUCGAUGCGUUUAGUAGACAAUCAAGAUCCCGACCACAUUACCGAAUGUGUUGUAAAAUAUUUAAAUGAGAAGUGGGCUGAACGUGGUUCACCCAACAAAAUGAAUGUGAAACUGGUAAAUUCCGCUAAACCUUGGUCUGGAAAUCCCAAUCAUCCUCACUUUGAAGCUGCUAAACGAGCUACAAAUCAUGUAUUCCACAUGGAUCCUGAUAUGACUCGCGAAGGAGGUUCUAUACCCAUUGCUUUGACAUUGGAAGAGGCAACUGGAAAAAGUGUCAUUCUAGUGCCCGUGGGUGCUUGUGAUGACGGUGCCCAUUCACAAAAGGAAAAGAUUGAUAUUUAUAAUUAUAUUGAAGGUACCAAACUUUUGGGUGCUUAUUUAUAUGAAGUUGGAAAAUUGAAUUAAGUUUACAUCAAUCAUUGGCCAAGUUUAGAACAUCACUUUUACAACAAAGAUUUGUGGAUUUAUUUUUUUGAUAAAUAAGCACCAGUUUACUUUGGCGUUC